GACCAAACCGGAAAAGGAACGGUAUCUUCAGGUCCCUUCUGGCAUUAAGAAAUGACAUAAUGGAACCGACAACACGUUUAUCGUUUUGAGUCAUCUGGUUGUUUUGAUUAGUGAAGACCACCGGAUUCCCGGGUCUUCUGCCAUAAUGGCGACAAGAAGUCUCACUGAAGUGUUUAUCCUAAUGAGAAAUAAUGCCUUGCAAAGUCGCCACAUCUUUUCUGAACAAACUGCAGAUGACCGCAUGGCUCUCAUGGGGUCAGCUACUGUUGACCCUGAACUUGGGAUUGCUUCCACGAGGUCGUCCAGACUACCUCCAGAAUGGGUUGAUGGAGUAGAAGAGGUCCAGUUUGAAAUAUCCCGAAUCAAACAAAGAGUGAAGGAGUUGUCUGCUCUCCAUGACAAACAUCUGAAUCGACCAACAUUAGAUGACAGUGUAGAUGAGGAACACGCCAUUGAGAUCCAAACCCAAGAAAUAACUCAGAUGUUUACCAGGUGCCAGAGACUAGUCCAUUCCAUAGGCUCCAGAAGCUUGCAUGGGACCAACCAAGAGAAGCGUUUGUCAGCCAACAUUUUGUCAUCCUUAGCACGAGCUAUCCAAGAAAUGUCCACAAAUUUCCGGAAGAGUCAAUCAAAUUAUCUCAGAAAGUUGAAGACACGAGAGGAGCGGUCAAGACAGUAUUUUGGUACCAGUAUUGGUCCGGAGUCCAUGAUGGAGGAAGUUAAUAUUGCUGAUGAUGACAUGUAUGACCGGGGCUUCACUGCUGACCAGAUUCUGCUGGUGGAAGACAACACAAACAUCGUCCAGACAAGGGAGAAGGAGGUGUCCCAGAUUGUCCGAUCAAUCAUGGAUCUCAAUGAAAUCUUUAAAGAUUUAUCAUCCAUGAUAGUAGAUCAGGGUUCACUUCUGGACAGGAUCGACUACAACAUUGAACAUUCCUCCGUCGCUGUUGAGAAAGGAUUGCAGCAGUUACAGAAAGCAGAAAAAUAUCAAAAGAAGAACAGGAAAAUGUACAUUAUAAUCAUCCUGGCAGUCAUUAUCACGUUUCUAGUUAUAAUAUUAAUUGCUGUAAAGAGUUAACAUUCAGUUUUUCUGUAGUCUUCAUGUAACUUAUGUUGUACACUUCAGUUGUACAGGAUUGUACAUAAAACUAAUGUUGUUACCCAAAGUGGCAGGUCCAGGACAGCUGAGAGCUGUGACGGGUAUGAGACAAGACCUCUGGGCUCUGAGUACUGGGACUCGAUCCACAAAGCGUUCGUAACGUUAUGACCUGUCAUAACUCCAUAGUUUGUCAUAUUUUUAAGAAAAUGUGUAGUAGUGAUACCAGUCAAAGUAAACUUAGGUUCAAUAUUCGUUACACUGCUGUACUGAGUCUAACAAACCCUAGUAGAAGGUCGCGUCAGCUAACCUUUGAGCGACCUAUGACAAUCAAAUCAAACACGAGACGUCCGAAUGGAUUUAACCAAUUUUAGGGUUCCGUGGGACUUACAGAACGGUUUUGGGAUUUUCUCUUCCCUGGUCCCCGACACUGAUCUAUCAACAAAC